CUGCCUUAUGUAGCGCCAACCCGCAUCUACACUCUCCACACCGAAAUAUUCCCACGAUCCGCCAUGGAUCGUGCAAGGAAGCGCGAACUGCGCUCCCUGAACACUCGCGCCUGGGAUGGCGAGACAGAUUUGUUCGCUGUCAGCAAGUCCCUUGACUCCUCUUUGAAGAAGAACACUGCCUUCAUCAAGCGCCUUCGAACCGCCAUCUCCGCCGCGACCCUGAACACCUUCCUGCAAGAGAUACGCGCCCUCAGUUUACACAAGUACCUCUCCGAGAUUGUCUCUGCAUGCUACGAGGGCCUUUGCAAGCUCAAGUCACCAGGCGAGAUCGAGGCCGGCGUCGAGAUUGUCAGCGCUCUGCACCAGCGUUUCGGUCCCAGCGAGUUUACCGAAUACCUAGGAUGGCUGCUUGGCAAGGGAAUGGCCACCCCCGACAAGAGCUUGCUCAAGUCACUUGCUCCAGAAGUGCGCGAGAAGGAGGAGAAGGAGCGCCUGACGCGCCAACGAGUGCUUUUGCGAGUUGUCACCGAACUCUGGCUUGUCGAUGUGCUCCGAACCCUCGACGACGUUACUCGACCCGACGAUGCUACCAAGGGCGCCACGGGCAAAGUCCCCGAGUUGAAAUUGAAGGCUCACUCAAACAAGAGCGGGGCGGCUGAGCCCUUCCCUCUCGAGGUGCUCAAAGAUUUGCUUGGCCAUGACAGAGAGCAUGUGAACCUGCCCUUGCUUGUCAUCUUUGUCAAGGCCUUUAGCUGGGAUGUCUUGGGCGUCAAGCCCACCACAGGUGAGGGCCGAAAGACGGUUGAGGAGGAUGGCGCCACCAAGAUCACCAACGGUGCUGCACAAGGCGAGGGCACCGAGGACGCUAUUGACGUCGACGACCACCCUUUUACCCCUCCCGAACUCCAGGAAAAGUUCAAGAACAUCCUCAAAAAGUACUUCGAAGAUGUCAAGAGUCACGUCCUCCGCGACCAGAAAUCGAUUCACUCUCAAGCUCGACGAAACGCCGAAGCUUACGUCAAGUCUGGCGAGGUUUUCGAAGAUCGGCAAUCAAACUUUGAAAAGCAGGUCAAGUCCCAAGAGAGACUGGUAGCCAAUGCCCAAGCCAUCGCGGACGCCAUUGGCUCUGACAUGCCCGAUCUCAAGGAUAACGAUGACACUCUCGCAGCUUCCAACGGCUCCAUCGGCUUGGUAAAGGCUGGUGAUUACCUUCGAGGUCUCGGAGAUGGUGCCGGCAUUUGGGAGGACGAAGACGAGCGUCGCUACUACGAAAACCUCGUUGAUUUGAAGGGCAAGGUCCCCGGCAUUCUCCUUGAUGAUGGAAAGAAGAAGAAGCCCGACAAUGAGGAGCAAGUUGGUAGGAAGGCCGAUCCUACGGAUGCUCCUGAAGCGCCCAAGGUUCCGGACUCAUCUGACGACCAGUCAACUGCCAUUGCCAACAAGACAAUUGGUGCUCAGGUUGACGCGGUUCUUGCUCGAUUGCCAGACCUCACCAAUAAGGACGUCAUCGAUCAAGCCGCCAUCGACUUCUGCUACCUGAACUCCAAGGCUUCCAGAAACAGGUUGAUUAAGGCCUUGACCGAAGUACCCAAGGGCCGAGGCGAUCUUCUUCCUUCAUGGGCUAGACUGGCCGCCACUCUGGGCAGAUACAUGCCAGAUAUUCCAAAGGGUCUGGUUGAAUAUCUCGACGCCGAGUUCCGCAGCCUUCAGAGACGGAAGGACAAGGACUUCCUGGGUCAAGUGCGUUUGAGCAACAUCCGAUAUCUGGCCGAGUUGACCAAGUUUGGUAUUGUGCCGGAGCACGUUGUUUUCCAUUGCCUCAAGGUCAGCCUCGAUGACUUCUCGAGGAUGAACAUUGAGAUCAUAUGCAACCUCUUGGAAAACUGCGGACGCUACCUUCUGCGCAACCCCGAGACCUCACCGCGCAUGGCAACCUUUCUGGAGACGCUCCAACGCAAAAAGUCCGUCCAGCAUAUUGGUCAGGCGGAGCGCAUGCUGAUUGAAAAUGCUGUAUAUUACGUCGAUCCGCCUGAUCGACCGGCUAUCCAGCAAAAGGAGCGAACUCCAAUGGAGCAGUUCAUUCGCAAGCUGAUCUACAUGGAUAUGACUAAGCGUAAUUACAGUAAGAUCCUGAAGCAAAUUCGCAGACUUCAUUGGGAAGAGGCCGAGGUUGUCCGCAUUCUCGAGAAGGUGUUCUCCAAGCCGGGCAAAGUCAAAUUCGGCAACAUUCAUCUUCUAGCUAUCCUUCUCAGCGCACUCUACCGAUACCACCCUGCAUUCGUCGUGAAGGCCAUUGACAAUGUAAUGGACUCCAUCGCUUUUGGACUGGAACAGAACGACUUCAAGUUUUACCAACGGCGUAUCUCCGAAGUUAAAUACAUUGGCGAGCUCUACAACUACAGAAUGGUUGAGCACCCAGUCAUUUUUGACGCCAUGUACAAGAUCAUGACCUUUGGCCAUGGAGGAGUCCCUGUGCACGGUCGGUUGAACCCCUUCGACCUUCCCGACGAUUUCUUCCGUAUCCGGUUGAUCGCAACAAUUCUCGAAACUUGCGGCAUGUACUUUGCCAAGGGUGUCGCGGGCAAAAAGUUGGAUUACUUCCUUUCUUUCUUUCAGUACUACAUCUACACCAAGCAACCUCUGCCGAUGGAUAUCGAGUUCAUCGUGCAAGAUACCUUCGCUCUCACCAGACCUCAGUGGAAGCUUGCUUCGAAUCUGGAAGAAGCCUCUAAAGCUUUCCAGCUUGCCAUCGCCCAGGAUCAGAAGGUUUCGGGAGCUGAUAAAGUAGUCGAGACUGACGACGCCUCCAUUGGAUCUUCUACGGAUGACGAAGACGGAGAUGCAGAUCUUCCCGAAGCGGAGGCGGAUGAGGAGGAGUCCGAUUCGGAAGACGAAGGCGAGGACCACGAACUCGACCUUUCCCACGGCGAUUCCGAGAGCGAAGAUGAGGCAAUUGUCGUCACUCGACAACAAGAACAAAUCGAUCCAGAGGCCGAGGCUGAAUUCGACCGUGAGUAUGCUAAGAUGAUGGCUGAGAGUCUAGAGUCGCGCAAGUUUGAGCGAAAGCCACUAUUCGACGUGCCGCUACCGGUACGGGGCAAAAGCAAGGAGACAACUUCAGGGCCCGAUUCUGGAGAAACUGCCGCUCCUGCCCCCAGUAGCACGAUGGCGUUCUCCCUAUUGACGAAGAAAGGAAACCGUCAACAGACUCGGACUGUGGAGUUGCCAUCCGACUCAACUUUCGCUGUGGCGAUGAAAAACCAGCAACAGGCUGAGAGGGAGGAGCAGCAGCGCAUCAAGAAUCUUGUCUUGAACUACGAUCUUCGGGAAAACGAGGAUCAAGACGGUAAUCACAGCGCAAAAUUACUGCAGUCAAACCCCAAUAUUCACAACUCCGGAGCAGGCCACGAAAAGCCGACCUCAUACCACCAUAAUCGAUCGGAUCGCGGCAAAGACCGCAGCGGACAGCGUGUCCGCAAGCUUCAGCUAAGUGAUGUAGACUGGUACGAAUCCUCGACCAAGCGCGGAGGCAGCUUUGCGCGGACUCGUUCUUCAUGCUCCCAGGCGAUGGCGAACGAAGAUGAACGAGAGCAGUUGAUAGCUGCUCCAGUGCAUCAUGGCAUUGUUGACAAGCGUGGCAAGCCAAUCGCAGACUACAAGUCUCGGCCAACCGCUCGCAUGGAGCAGUUCCGUAAAGUUCGACCGAAGCAGGAAUGA